CACAUUUCUCCACAUCACAACAAUGUCGGCUGAUCUUGUCUGGAAGCUCGUGAACCAGUCGCACUCGAAGCUCAAGAAGCAGAAGUCGAUCGGUGUUACCUUCUCGGCUGAGAAGGGCAACGUCGCCAACAUCAACACCCGCGCGUUCUCCGGAUACUCGCCCGAGGCUGUUGACGUCACCGUGUUCCGCAACCGUGUUGUCGUCUCGGUCGCCGACAAGGACUCCAUCAACAAGCCUGCCACCCGCUUCAACCGCACUUCGCUCAAGCCCGAAGCCCAGCUCUCCUCCAAGGCCGCUAUCGCCGCCACCCUGGCCGCUGGCGUCAACCCGGUUGUUGCCCGCAUGGCUGCUGCCCGUGCUGACCGCCUCUCCCGCCACGGCGUCCACAAGGUCAAGCGCUCGAAGAAGUAAACUGGCCUGACAAUCCUCGA